CACAGGUAGUUGAUUCCUGCCGAAGUGCCUGGAGAGGUCUGUGCUGAACAGGGCCACACUGGUCACUACAGAGACCAAAGGCGUGUCCCGUCUUCUAUACCCUGUGUCCAUUUCCUGCCGAGAAGCCUGCUUCAACCUUCCCAGCCUAGAUCCUGGGAUUCUUCACUUCUGAGCCCACACCUAGAUCCUGACUUCCAAACCAGCCUUCGAUUCCAUCCCUUUCUACCUAGAGUCUCCUUCAGGGGGGCCCUUGUCCGGGGCCAUGGCCCUAAGGGUGGGCCUGGGACUUGGGCAGCUGGAAGCCCUGUUUGUUCUGCUCCUUAUUGGAUUGCUCCAGUCAAGAAUCGGAGCUGACGGGACUGAAGCUUCCUGUGGUGCAGUCAUCCAGCCACGCAUCACAGGUGGUGGCAGUGCGAAGCCUGGUCAAUGGCCCUGGCAGGUCAGCAUCACCUACAAUGGCGUCCACGUUUGUGGUGGGUCUCUCGUGUCAAAUCAAUGGGUGGUAUCAGCUGCUCACUGCUUCCCCAGAGAACACAGCAAGGAAGAGUAUGAGGUAAAGCUGGGGGCCCACCAGCUGGACUCCUUCAGCAAUGACAUCGUGGUCCACACAGUAGCUCAGAUCAUCUCCCACUCGAGCUACCGUGAGGAGGGUUCCCAGGGUGACAUCGCGCUCAUCCGCCUCAGCAGCCCUGUCACCUUCUCCCGCUACAUCAGACCCAUCUGCCUCCCUGCAGCCAAUGCCUCCUUUCCCAAUGGCCUCCACUGUACUGUCACAGGAUGGGGUCAUGUGGCUCCUUCAGUGAGCCUCCAGACCCCUAGGCCUCUGCAGCAGCUUGAGGUACCACUCAUCAGCCGUGAAACCUGUAGCUGCCUGUACAACAUUAAUGCAGUGCCUGAAGAACCCCACACUAUCCAGCAGGACAUGCUGUGCGCUGGCUAUGUUAAGGGAGGCAAGGAUGCUUGCCAGGGUGACUCUGGAGGCCCACUCUCUUGUCCCAUAGACGGCCUCUGGUAUUUGGCAGGCAUUGUGAGUUGGGGUGAUGCCUGUGGCGCCCCCAACCGGCCUGGAGUAUAUACUCUGACUUCUACCUACGCUUCCUGGAUCCACCACCACGUGGCAGAGCUCCAGCCUCGCGUGCUUCCCCAGACUCAGGAGUCCCAGCCGGACGGCCACCUCUGCAACCAUCAUCCUGUCUUCAACUCAGCCGCAGCCCAGAAAUUGUCAAGGCCCAUACUUUUCCUGCCACUGAGUCUGACCCUGGGCCUCUUCUCCCUUUGGCUUGAACAUUAAGCUACUUAAUCCUCAAAGUUGACCAUGCUUCCACGACCACAGCACGCCCAAGGACAUGUGCCUGUUCAGGAGGGCAGCACGCCGACUUGAUCUUUGAGCCCACUCUUCUGCAUUUGCUCUUUGGGAUUAUAAUUUAAUCUAAGGCCGAGAAGUUUACAGCCUGUGGGAUGGACCAGGACUCUAGCCACCUUUCUCUAUUAUCUGCAGUUUAUUGGUUAGGCUCCUAUGGAGCUCCCAGAAGCCUCACUUCAACCUGUAUUUAGCACACAGCAGCUGCCUAGCUGACUGCUGCAGGAGGCUGGCUUCAGGGCCGACCACCCUGCCUGAUGAGCCCUUCACUUUUCCUCUUCCGGCCUCCAGGGCUUUGCCUGUCUUUCUGACAGGGAAGACAGCAGCCUUAAUCUCCUGGACUCCGGAGGACUGAGCCCCCACCGGAGCUGGCUGGGGCUGGGAUCAGGGUGAGGAAUAAAAGGAGGAAGGAGGAAAUGUUUUUAACACAACUGGCUGUAUGUGAAACGAAAUGAAGAAUAUCACCCCUCAGCAUUUCUUCCUGCCUCCGAAGUCCAGCACACCAGCAGAAUUUGCUUUAUUAAUAAAUGACACGAAACAGGUCUGUACACAUAUUUACAGGUUAGAGGCCAGGAAACACAGAUCCAAAGAAGGGCACAGGCCAUUCACUUCUUGGAGAGCUUGACUUGUUUGUGCUUCGGGGGUGCCCACUUGAGGCAGACAGAGUCCACUGUGGGAGAAAAGAGGAAUGAGAGGUCAGCAGGACCUCUGGGCCAAGCCUGCUUACACCUGGCUGCUCCUCUGGGCCCAGGCCAGGUUUCACCUUCACGGGAUGAGAACAAAAGGGAGCUUUGGACCUGGGGGGAGGGGAUCCCAGGAAUGAGUAACCACCUCUAGGCUGCUGUCCUAGAAACUGGUUCAACUGGUUUGGAUCUUGAGGAGCC